AUGACUUCCUUGCGCAAACGUCUAUCUGCGCCUAAAGAAAUGUUUGUUGCGGUAAAGUACUCAAAGCCCUACGAGAAGUACCCGAACGACGUAUUUAGUGCAAAAUGUAUUACCCACCUUGUCGUUGGGCCUAAACCUGCACCUGGCGCAGAUCGUCCUAAAGUCCCUUAUCAACACUCACCAGGUGUUGGAUUUGCGUCAGGGAUGUUGUACGUCAUCAGAACCGAUAGAGACGCAUUGGAUAACAAAAUGCAUGAUUAUUACGUUUACAUCGGAGCAUGGUCAGAAUCUGAAGAGGAUUUGAGGUCCAUUCUUGCUGAUGAGACUCGUUCUGGAGAACUGUCUUGGCCACCUACCAUCGAAGAUACAAGUGAACUGGAAUCUGGUUGUGAAUCUGACGAGAAGUCAGUUCGAGAUGGCCGAGUUCUAAAUCAAGCAAUAAACAAUUCUAAGGAUCUGAGAUUAGCGCGGCAACAGUCUCACCAGAACCACUUGAGUGCACUAAAGUCUAACAGUCACCUUGAUUUGAGUGGUCCGAACACUGGCAUCCUGAGUGACCCAGGGAUGACUUUAGAAAAUCUAAGGAAGCAGGCUAAAGAACAAGCAGAGAUCAUUAAGAAAAUGGAAGAGGAGUCUCAAAGAAGAAAAGAAGAGGAUAAGAGGAGAGCCGAGGAGCUGAGUCAGAAAGAAGAGGCACUGAGAAAGAAGGAGGAAGAAUUAAAUGCAAACAUUAAACGGAUUGAUAGUGUGUUUGUCUGCAUACAGAACCUUCAGAGUGAUGUGAGCUUGAUAAAAGAAAAAAUUAGUGGAAGCAGCAUAGCUUCUGGAAGCACAUCUUCCUCCUUACAUCAAGAGGAAGAUAUCUGGGAAAAUUAUCAUGGCCUUAAAAUAAGACGGCGGGUAAUUCCUGGACUUGAAGAGGCACAAAAGGACCUCGACUUUUUUAAGACACUUCUUAAAGGAUGCUUUGGUAAAGAAGCAAAGAACAUGAGAAUGUGCCAUUCUCCAGGGACAACAAAAGUGACAGAAGAUUGGCAGUUAGAUGCCCAAGUUGUCUUUGGGCAUUGGCUGACAAACAUCAAGAAGAUCAAUGGUCUUCCCCUUGCUGCCAGGGAAGUUGAGGCCAGGAAGAAGACUUUCGGGAAGAUGGUGGGCGAGGCUGCUCGUGCCUUGUGCCCUGCGAGGGGGGUCAACCUUGUCAAACAGGAGGCUCGGGAUAAGGGCCUGAGCAAAGCGGAAGUUCAGGCCGCCGCCCUAGCAUACCAGGCCGGGCGGCCGAAGCGGCCGGCACGGGAAAGUGAUGGCAAGGGGCCGACGAACAAGAAGGCCACCACGCAGGUUGUGUCGGUUGAGGCCAGGGUGAAUGAGGGUCUGCAGUUGGGCACGGGCACGGGCCCUAACGAAAACUGGGAGAACGUCGACCCCACUUUACUUCCUUCGGGGCCUUCCGGCCCCGAAGUUAGACCGGUUAAUAGUCAAACAGUGAACAUGUUCUAAAUGUACAUAAUUUUGUUCCUAAAAGGGGAAUGUUGUUGUGCACACCCAGACCAAAUGCAAUUUUGUAGCUACAAUUGUACAGAUUAAAACGCCACAAUUUGUCCAGUCUGGAUGUGCACAAUAACAUUCUCGUUUUAGGAACAAAAUUUCUGAUGCUUUGAGAAGCAUUUCUUUUUUCUUCCACAUUCGGUGGAUUGCUGGUCUGUUGUAAAUGUUCUGUUAAAUGUACAUAUUUUAUAUUCCAGGUGGAUGAUUAACCCCAUUCACUUCUGUAGUUAUGCUGUACCGCACGCACAAGUGCGGGCGGGCUUGCCUAUCGCCCCUGUCCACGGCGCCUUACGGGCCGAGCGAGUAGGCAACCCGCUCGCACUCGUGCGUGCAGUACAGCAUAACUACAGAAGUGAGCGGGGUUUAUCAGUCACCUGGUAUAUCCAUUUCAGCAUAGUGUGCAGCAUAAUGGUCUUCUUGUAAAUGUUCUGCUAAAUGUUAAUACCAUUUUAUAAUUAAGAACUCUAAAAUGAAUUUGUAUCACUUUAUAUAUUGUCAAUUAUACUAAAACAUUCAUCCGA